AUUCAAAUAAGUUGUUUAUAAUGUCUGUUUCGUUCUUGUGACCUCUCCUUUCUUCGCUAUCAAAUAAGUUAAAGGUUACCCAGCCUGAUUUUUAUUAAAACAUCCUCAAAUAUCGCAACAACAAUAUAAUGGGAGUACAAUGUUUAAAUUACAGUGUUACCAAACUUUUACUUUCUGUGGUAUUUGUUCAUCAACAACUUAAUUAUGUUUUCAUGGCAAACACUGAAUCGGUUGAAGUACCUUUCUUUUUUUCUUGUCAGUUGACAAACGACACUGACGCUUAUUGUGUCCCUGUAAAAAACUGCCAAAUUGACUUAAAAACGUUAAACGGACUUGACCUAGAGGAACGUCGAUGUGGACCUUCGAACGAAAACCGGAAAAACCCUCUUGUUUGUUGCGAAACAAACCUGGUUAUAUUUUCCCAACCUAAGACAACAACCCCAACGUCUCCUGCAAAAUGUGGCGUGCACAGCACAAUUUUUAACAGGAUUUUCGGUGGGGAAACCGCAGAAGAAGGAGAGUUUCCGUGGCUAGGGCGAGUGCUACGGCGAGACUCCCUUGGAGAUUUGAUUUUCAGUUGUACCGGAACACUUAUACAUCCCAAAGUUGUGUUAACAGCAGCCCAUUGUUUGAAAUCAAAGGAACUUGCCGAAAAUGGAGAAUUAUAUGCAGUUUCUUUAGGCGAACAUGAAACUAGCUGUAAUUCCCCAGAUAAUAGUUGCUUAAACCACAAACAAACUAUUGUGGUGUCUGAAUACGUCGUCCAUCCAGACUAUGACUCCAAUUCUUAUAACCACGCUAACGACAUUGCUUUGAUUAUCUUAAAAGACCCAGCAAAUUUUACCGAUCACGUUUCUCCGAUUUGUUUGUUGGAAAAAAAUUUCGACGUGGUACAGUACACUGUAGCUGGGUGGGGACGAACAAAUAAUGGGUCGUCAAGCGUGAUUAAGAAAAAGACUGCCAUACCACCGUAUUCUUGGACUCUUUGUUCUCAAAAGUACCAAAGCGUUAAUGUGAAUAUUACAAAGAAACAAAUUUGUGCUGGUGGUGUUAAAGGCAAGGACACGUGUCAAGGCGAUUCUGGAGGACCUCUUAUGACAGCCAGGGAUGGCAGAUGGUUUGCUGCAGGUGUGGUUAGCAUUGGAGUGGGGUGUGGAACGGAAGGAUGGCCAGGGAUUUACAUCAAUAUUCCCGAUUAUGUGAACUGGAUCAAUGAAGUUAUUCGUGUAAAAAACCUGUAAUCUUUAAACUGUUCUGGAAAAGACUAAUAAAGAUUUGUAUCAAGUAUUUUUUCUUUGAAAUGUUAUACUCAACAUCCGAAAAUAUAAUAAAUAAUUUACGAUA